AUGCCUAUCACUGUAGCCGCUACCAAUGGUGGGGCAGCCAAGGCUGCCGCUUUGCCCGUUCCUGUUUUCGAUCCUCAGCAUCUAGGAAAGCCGCCUAAGCGUAGGGCGCAUAAACGGUCUGCAACUGGCUAUAUACCGGAACGCGAUGAGAAGACGGGAGACGAGAUCUGGCCGCGUGGAGACGAGGCUACCUGGAAAAAAGGCCUGCUCACUGAGCCUCCUGAGGAUGAGACCAGCAUCUCCAAUGCUAUUGUUCACCACGCCCAGACGACUAUUGCACGACAACCGUACAAUCUCGACGAUGCUGGAGCCUAUCAGGCCGUCGCUCUCGCCGUGCGCGAUGAUCUUAUCAUCAAUUGGAAUGAUACUCAGUCUCACUUCACUCGUACCGCGCCAAAAGUAGUUCAUGUUACCCGUUUGCGAACAGGACGGGCUCUUGAUAAUGCUCUCCUCAAUCUUGGCCUCAGAAACAAGUUUUCAGACUCUAUUGGAAAGCUUGGAUUUACUCUUGAGGAUCUUCUGGAUUCCGAACGAGAUGCUGGAUUGGGUAAUGGAGGAUUGGGCCGACUUGCGGCCUGCUAUUUAGAUUCCAGUGCUAGCAUGGAACUUCCCGUGUGGGGCUAUGGAUUGCGGUAUAAGUACGGUAUCUUCCAGCAGUUGAUUGCUCCCGAUGGGUCCCAGCUUGAAGCUCCAGAUCCAUGGCUUAACAAUGGCAAUCCGUGGGAAAUCCAUCGUCCCGACGUUAAAGUGGACGUACGCUUCUACGGUCAUGCCCAGCGCAUUAACCGAGGCAGGGCUGUCUGGACUGCUGGUCAAGAAGUAGUUGCUAUCGCCAACGACGUACCUGUUCCCGGAUACCGCACCCGCAACACGAACAAUUUGCGUCUUUGGGAUGCCCGACCUAAGUCGGGUUUUGAUUUGUUGAGUUUCAAUGCUGGCGAUUACCACAGGGCAGUGGAUUCAAGCAACCAAGCCGAGGCAAUCACCCGAGUUCUAUAUCCCAAUGACAAUCAUGAUGCGGGUAAGGAGUUACGAUUGAAACAACAAUACUUCUGGACGGCCGCUAGUUUGGGCGAUAUAAUGCGUCGUUUCAAGGAUCUCGGGAAACCUAUAACGGAGUUUCCUCAAUAUGUAUCAAUACAGCUUAACGACACUCACCCUACACUUGCCAUUCCUGAGUUGAUGCGCAUCCUCGUAGAUGAAGAGGAAGUAGAGUGGAGCACUGCAUGGCAAAUUGUCAUACGCACGUUCGCCUAUACGAACCACACUGUUCUCCCGGAGGCGUUGGAGAAAUGGCCUAUCCCCCUCGUUGAGAAUCUCCUGCCGAGACAUAUGCAAAUCAUCUAUGACAUUCCUCAACACCAAGCGGUUGAACGCAAGUAUCCAGGGGAUCGUGACCGAUUGGCUAGGAUGAGUCUCAUUGAUGAGACUUGGCCGAAAUUCCUUAGAAUGGCGAAUUUGGCUGUCAUCGGGAGCUUUAAAGUUAAUGGAGUGGCCGAGCUUCACAGUCAGCUGGUUCAGACUACGAUCCUCAAAGACUUCGCUGAGUUUUAUCCCGGGAAGUUCCGGAACAUCACUAACGGAAUUACUCCUCGUCGAUGGCUCGACCAAUGCAACCCUGGGUUGAGUGCACUGAUUACGGAAGUACUAGGAGGGAAGAAAGAUGAAUGGUUGAAGGAUCUCAACCUGCUCAAGGGUUUAACGAAGUACCAAGAUGACCCUGGAUUCCAGAAGAAGUGGAAUGCUGUCAAGCUGCAGAACAAGGAGAGACUGGCUCAUUACAUCGAGAAGACAACUGGUGUUAUUGUGAAUACCGAUAGUAUGUUCGACAUUCAAGUCAAGCGCAUUCACGAGUAUAAGCGUCAAAAUCUGAACAUCUUGGGUGUGAUUCACCGUUAUCUCGAGAUCAAGCGCAAGACCCCUGAGGAGCGCAAGAAAGUCGUACCACGCACCAUACUCUUCGCAGGGAAAGCUGCGCCUGGAUAUUAUGCUGCCAAACUUACUAUUCGUCUCAUCGUCAAUGUGGCGCGUGUCGUGAACGCCGACCCCGAUGUGAAAGGGAUUCUUACUGUCCUUUUCCUUCCGGACUACUCUGUUUCCUUGGCCGAAUUGUUGAUUCCUGCUUCUGAUAUCUCUCAGCACAUUUCAACCGCAGGGACUGAAGCGUCAGGGACGGGUAACAUGAAAUUCUGUCUUAACGGCGGGUUGCUUCUUGGGACUGUGGAUGGUGCCUCGAUCGAGAUUGCAGAGGAGGUCGGCGAAGAGAAUGUCUUCAUGUUUGGGCAUCUUGUCGAGGAUCUGCGAUACCAGCAUCAAUACCAUCACGUCAAUAUCCAGCAACGCUCUCAAACUCUCGCCGCAGUGUUAGACGAAAUUUCCAAUGGUAGAUUUGGCGAUGGUCACGUAUACGAAUCGCUCCUUAACACCAUUCGAGGCAAUGAUUAUUACCUGAUUUCAGAGGACUUCGACUCCUACCUAAAAGCUCAGGAAAUUGUUGACGAAGCUUACCAGGAUCGCGCAUCUUGGACCAAGAAGUCGAUUCGCACUGUGGCUUUCAUGGGUAAAUUCAGCUCUGACCGUGCAAUUAUACAAUAUGCGGAAGAAAUCUGGAAUAUCGAGCCAACCAAGCUGAAGGCUUAG